GUUCCCUCAUUUCCCCCUACGCAACUAGAAAUUCUAAUGGGGGGAUAAGGAAGGGAAUUUCAGAGUCAGAGUGGAGGAAGACCAACAAGCUCCAGUUGCUUCAGUUUUGCCUGGGAAGCAGGAGAUCACAACCCUGCAUCCCCUGUGCCUCCUCUCCACCCCAAGAGUGCUUUGACAGAUCUUCAAAUCCCAGCUGAGUUGGAUGUGUAUUUUGUACCUUGUUAAUUUAGAAUGACCCACUCAUCCCCGUUUGCCCAGAACUUUACUGGUUUUAGCACUCAAAUACCCAUGUCCAGAAAACUCAUCUCAGGUCCCAGACAAACCAUUGAUGGUUGGUCACCCUAGCUGUGAUGUUCAUGCCAUUGUUUCUAAGCCUGAGGUUGCCAUCUCAUUUUAGAGUCACUUCUCUCAUGUGAGCACAUAGUAGGCACUUGGUAAAUGAGUCUGUGGAUGGACACAAAGGAACCUCGGUUGUAGGCAGCUGCAGAUUCCUGGCCUGGAGAACAGGAGACCUGUGUUCUGGUCCUGGCGCUGCCAGGUUUGCAGCGGUGUGAUCCUAGGAAAGUGGUUUCUCACUCUAGGUAUGUUUCCUCCACUGCAAAAUAGGGGAACUUUAGUCAUUUCUGCCUCUGCUGUGAUACUGCUCUCCCUGUACAUGGGAUUAUGUUCUGAUGUCACUUCCACUCAGCUUUCUCUCUCUCUCUCUUGCCUCUUGCUUUUUACCCCCUUCAAAUAUAUAUAUAUUUAGUAGAUCAAUAAUUUAUGUAAGGGCAGGUUGGUAAUGGAAUUGCUGAUGGGCCAGGUUUAUGCAGAGUGCUUCUGUGAGAGCAAUAGAGUUUGGACCUUGAACCAAGCAGCUGUGGCUGGGAGUUGGAGCAUCAAGUCUCUGUCUUCAGCUAAGUGUGUGUAAUGACCUAAUUUGCUCUUUGUGCGUGCCUGGGAGGGAGGGGGGUGGGCAUAGGGAGCCUGCUGUUUAGGAAUUUUCCUGGGUGGAUGAGGGGGUACCCUGGGAAAUAGGAUUUUAAAGCUUCUUGUCCACUGGAGGGAGUUAUUUCCAGCUGAGAUAGUGCCCAGGAAAGAGCAUCCCAGGGUCUUAUUCGGUAUUCUAGCACAGAAGAAGGAAUAAAAUGAGAAAUACCAGGACUUGGGCUGGAACCUGUGGCCAACUUAGGGUCAGGAAGCUGCAUUUUUCUGUUCCUGGUUCUGCCACGUGCCGUCUGUGGAACUAGGGGCACAUUGUGUAACCUCUCUGAGCCUCGGUGUUUGUCUCUAAUUUUCCUUUUUAAUGGAGUGAGUCUGCACUGCCUACCUCACAGGGUGGUGUGAUUCAAUGAGGUGACAUAGGUGGGAGUUCACUGAAUGAAUGAAAUGUCAGUUGUUACCACUAACUUUAAUCUUUGGACCUGUAUGAUGGGGUCUGAUUCAUGGGGGGAGGGAAGUGGAGAGAAAUUUGGGGAUUUUGUCUGCUUAGUUCUUCCAAUAAUGUCAUCAGUACCCCCUGGCUCUGAACAAGAUAGGAAGGGUAGGUUUGAGGGAGGUACUACUUCUUUGGUUAGAAGACACCCCAGCCUAACUUCCUCUUUGACAAUAUUCCUGACUUUUGGAAAAAGCUUUUCCUUGGCUAUAAAGUCUGCUCCUUCUGCCCUCAUUUCCAAAUUUUGGGGGCAAUGGAGCAAGAACUCUGCUUGAACCCCUCAGCUAAGGCCAGCCAGAUACCCCUUCCUACCUAGAGGGGGCUUUCUCAUGCGACUGAGUGUCUCCCUCUGGGGCUGCAGGCCUGUGAAGGGUUAAGCGAGCCACACCCUCAGCAGGAACAGCCUCGGACUUUGUGCUGAGCAGCCAUCUCAGGGCUCGCCUGGCCUGACUGGCACAGGGAGCCCUGGCUGGAGGAGGCUGCACAGAGGAAGGUCAGCAUCGUGGACGCUGGGAAGAAGAGGGUCGAAUAUCUCCUGUCUUCCUUGACACCAUGGACAGCUCCCAUUAACGAGGGCACCUCUCCAGCCUUGGGGCCUGGGACUCCUAUGCCCCCUUCCUGUCGAAUUGGGAUUUCAUCCACCAGUCUCCAAGAGACACUGAAGUUACACCCUAGUUCCAGUAUUGGCUACUGGCCUCUAAAGCUGAGCAGACAUCAACAAACUGAUCCCAGGAUCAGCUGCUCCUCUGGACAUGACUCUCCUGGAAGGGUCCAUUGGGGUGGAGGACCUUGUGCUCCUGGAACCCCUGGAGCAGGAGUCUCUGAUCAAGAACCUUCAGCUGCGCUAUGAGAACGGGGAGAUUUAUACCUACAUUGGGAACGUGUUGGUCUCAGUGAAUCCCUACCAACAGCUGCCCAUCUAUGGCCCAGAGUUCAUUGCCAGAUACAGGGACUAUACCUUCUACGAGCUGAAGCCCCAUGUCUAUGCACUGGCAAAUGAGGCAUACCAGUCACUGAGGGACCAGGACCAAGACCAGUGUAUCCUCAUCACGGGCGAGAGUGGAGCUGGCAAGACAGAGGCUAGUAAGCUAGUGAUGACUUACGUGGCGGCUGUCUGUGGGGAAGGGGAACGGGUGAACUCUGUGAAGGAACAACUGCUUCAGUCAAAUCCAGUGCUGGAGGCUUUUGGCAAUGCCAAGACCAUUCGCAACAACAACUCCUCUCGAUUUGGAAAAUACAUGGAUGUUGAGUUUGACUUCAAGGGAUCCCCCCUUGGUGGCAUCAUCACAAACUAUCUGCUUGAGAAAUCCCGCGUGGUGAAGCACCUUGAAGGAGAAAGAAACUUCCACAUCUUCUAUCAGCUACUGGCUGGAGCAGAUCCAGAGCUGCUGAAGGCCCUGAAGCUUGAGCGGGACACAAAUGGCUAUGCCUACCUGAACCCGGGGGCAUCCAGGGUGGAUGGCAUGGACGACACUGCCAACUUCAAGGCCCUCCAGAGUGCGAUGACUGUGAUUGGGUUCUCCAAGGAGGAGAUUCGGCAGGUGCUAGAGGUGGUGGCCCUGGUGUUGAAGCUGGGGAAUGUGGAACUGGCAGACGAGUUCCAGGCCAAUGGGGUACCAGCAAGUGGCAUCCGUGAUGGGAGAGGUAUUCAAGAGAUUGGGGAAAUGGUGGGUUUGAAUUCAGUGGAACUAGAGAGAGCUUUGUGCUCAAGGACCAUGGAAACGGGCAAAGAAAAAGUGGUCACUGCACUGAAUGUCGUCCAGGCUCAGUACGCUCGGGAUGCUCUGGCUAAGAACGUCUACAGCCGCCUUUUCACCUGGCUGGUGAAUCGAAUCAAUGAGAGUAUCCAGGUGGGCACUGGGGAGAAAAGGAAGGUCAUGGGGGUCCUGGAUAUCUAUGGCUUUGAAAUAUUAGAGGAUAAUAGCUUUGAGCAAUUUGUGAUCAACUACUGCAAUGAGAAGCUACAGCAGGUGUUCAUAGAGAUAACGCUGAAAGAGGAGCAAGAGGAAUAUAAGAGAGAGGGCAUACCGUGGGUGAAGGUGGACUACUUUGAUAAUGGCAUUAUCUGUAACCUCAUUGAGGAUAAUCAACGAGGCAUCCUGGCCAUGCUGGACGAGGAGUGCCUGCGGCCUGGGGUGGUCAGUGACUCCACCUUCUUAGCAAAGCUGAACCAGAUCUUCUCCAAGCAUGGCCACUAUGAGAGCAAAGUCACCCAGAAUGCCCAGCACCAGUAUGACCACAGCAUGGGCCUCAGCUGCUUCCGCAUCUGCCACUAUGCGGGCAAGGUGACCUACAACGUGAACAGCUUCAUCGACAAGAAUAACGACCUGCUCUUCCGGGACUUGUCCCAGGCCAUGUGGAAGGCCCAGCACCCCCUCCUUCGGUCCUUGUUUCCUGAGGGUGAUCCAAAGCAGGCGUCUCUCAAACGCCCCCCAACUGCUGGGGUCCAGUUCAAGGGUUCUGUGGCCAUUCUCAUGAAGAACCUGUAUUCCAAGAAACCCAACUACAUCAGGUGUAUAAAGCCCAAUGAGCAUCAGAAGCGAGGUGAGUUCUCCUCGGAGCUGGUGGCCGUCCAGUCUCGGUACCUGGGGCUGCUGGAGAAUGUGCGGGUGCGACGAGCAGGCUAUGCCUACCGCCAGGCCUACGGGUCCUUCCUGGAAAGGUACCGAUUGCUGAGCCGGAGCACUUGGCCUCGCUGGGACGGUGGAGACCGGGAGGGGGUCGAGAAGGUCCUGGGGGAGCUGAGUGUGUCCUCAGAGGAGCUGGCCUUUGGGAGGACAAAGAUCUUCAUCAGAAGCCCCAAGACUCUUUUCCACCUGGAAGAUCAGAGGCGCCUACGAAUCCAUCAGCUGGCCACACUCAUACAGAAGAUGUACCGAGGCUGGCGCUGCCGCGUCCACUACCAACUGAUGCGCAAGAGUCAGAUCCUCAUUUCCUCUUGGUUUCGGGGCAACAUGCAAAAGAAACGCUAUGGGAAGAUGAAGGCAUCAGCAUUGUUGAUCCAGGCUUUUGUGAGAGGUUGGAAGGCUCGCAAGAAUUAUCGGAAGUACUUCCGGUCAGGGGCUGCCCUCACCUUGUCAGAUUUCAUCUACAAGAGCAUGGCACAGAAAUUCCUCCUGGGGCUGAAGAACGAUUUGCCGUCUACCAAUGUCUUGGACAAAAGGUGGCCAGCUGCCCCUUACAAGUACUUCAACACAGCUAACCACGAGCUUCAGAAGCUCUUCUACCAAUGGAAGUGCAAGAAAUUCCGGGAUCAGCUGUCCCCGAAGCAGGUAGAGGUCCUAAGGGAGAAGCUCUGUGCCAGCGAACUGUUCAAGGGCAAGAAGGCUUCAUACCCCCAGAGUGUCCCUAUUCCAUUCCACGGUGACUACAUUGGGCUGCAAGGAAACCCCAAGCUACAGAAGCUGAAGGGCAGGGAGGAAGGGCCUGUUCUGGUGGCUGAGACUGUGAUGAAGGUCAACCGUGGCAAUGGCAAGACUUCCUCUCGAAUUCUCCUUCUGACCAAGGGGCAUGUGAUUAUCUCAGACACCAAGAAUUCCCAGGCCAAGAUUGUCGUCGCGCUAAACAGUGUGGCCGGGGUGUCAGUCACCAGCUUCAAGGAUGGGCUUUUUAGCUUGCAUCUGAGUGAGAUAUCGUCAGUGGGCUCCAAGGGGGACUUCCUGCUGGUCAGCGAGCAUGUGAUUGAACUGCUGACCAAGAUGUACCGGGCUGUGCUGGAUGCCACACAGAGGCAGCUUCCAGUCACCGUGACUGAGGAGUUCUCAGUGAGGUUCAAGGAGAGCAGCUUGGCUGUCAAGGUCAUCCAGGGCCCUGGGAGUGGUGGGAAUGGCAAGCUGAGCUGCAAGAAGAAGGGGAGUCGUUGCCUGGAGGUGACUGUACAGUGAGGAGGUGCAGCAGUUUCUUCUUCCUGGACCAGCACCGGCCCUACUCCCACCCACCCACCUUCGUGGGAGGCUCCCGUGCCUGAGCCCUCUGAUGGGAGGUGGGGCUCAGAGAGUGCAGAACCCUUGAAGAGGACCUUGCUUCUCCCAGUCCUUUCCAAUCCUCUCUCCAAACUUAGCUUCCUCCCGCCCUCAGCCUCUUUGCCCACUAAUAAAACAAGAGGCUUUGCAAACGUAUGGUCAUGUGGGUGGGUCCCUGUCCCCCCACCUUUUCACUGGCUUGUGCUUAGACCCUCUGCCCCCCUCCCUUUCCUCUCCUCAGGCUCCUUGGAGCCAGCUAAUGCAGAUAAUAAGAAUGAAGAAGAAGGGAAAUUGUCUCCGGGCUCCUUGACCGG